AAAAAAAAAAAACACAGAUUUAAUUCAUUGUUUCUUGAAACUAACGCCUUUCCCUUCUUUCACGCUCGUUUCAUUCUGUUUUUGUUGUCUCUUCUACAAUCGAAGGUGUCUGUCCAUCUCUUUCAGGAUGCGAUUCCUUCGUCCGCUCUCUUUCGUACUCCCUUUAGUAUCCACCGCGGUUGCUGAUAUCGAAUUCACUGCUCCGGCUUUUGGCUCGACUCUCAAGGGUGGUCAUGUUGUAACGGCUCACUGGAAGGAGUCUGGUGAACUUCCCAAAAUCUCACAACUGUUGCAGUAUGAUAUCCACCUUUGUGCGGGAGGAGAUACAUCCGAUUCCUACGAAGAACUAGCUACUCCCAUCAAAGAUGCGCCCUUUGCCCGGGGAAAUUCAGUCUCGUUCAAGCUUGACCAAGAUAUUGGGAGUGAAGAAGCAAAUGCAUAUUUCCUGAAAUUGGUCGCAUCUGGUCCUGAUGCCUCCGUGAUCAAUUACUCGAGUCGAUUCUCCCUCGCCAACAUGACUGGCUCUUUCUCCCCGCGAGUUAUAGACGGGAUCCAUGCAAUCCGAGACAUCAGCGGUGCUCCCCUCAGAGAGGACCAAGAACAUGAAGGAUUCCGGAAGAGACAGGUCGUUGGGGCACCGGCUGCUGCAGCGACGGGUCUUGGAGCUCACACCAUUCCCUAUGAACUACAGUCCGGCCCAACCCGGUAUGCUCCCAUGGCGAAAAGACCUGGUAGUACUAUUCCACCUGGGACGCCGACCCCGCAACAUCCAACCAGCCACUACUCCAUUGCUACUGCUUAUCUUAGUGCUCCUACUGUUGAGACUACGGUUUCUGCUACUGAUACGUACAAAGUGACAAACAUUGAGAACACGGCAACUCCUGCGGCACAACCAGAAGACAUGAAUAUGAAGAGAUGGUUGGAGAGAUGGAAGGAUUGACCUUGGAACGUACAUGAGAAC